CUGUUGAGUUUCGUUUUCCAGGGAAUAUCCGGGUGUGAGGGCGCUGCAUGGCUUGCAACUGAGAAGGAAUGAACGCUACAGUAUAUUUCGGACACAAUUUGGUUCUUCAGUCUUCAAAAACGCGUGGUCAGUUGCUUUGAAUUCAGCAAGAAGGAAGAGAAGUGGGUGUUUGUACAGGGCCUACAACAACAACAACAACAACUCAACUGCAACAACAAUGGGUAUUAAUAAGAAGGCUGUUGCUGGUGUUGUGGGUGUUGUGGGUGUCGCAGCUGGAGCAGUUGGAGCUGUUGCCGCGGCGCCUUUCGUUCUGACAGCCGCGGGUUUCACAGGGGCUGGCAUCGCAGCAGGCUCUUUCGCCGCCAGCAUGAUGUCAGCGGCUGCUAUUGCUAACGGAGGUGGAGUUGCAGCCGGGAGCUUAGUGGCUCUCCUCCAGUCAGCAGGAGCGAUUGGAUUGUCUGCGGGAGGUACAGCUGCCGUGGCAACGGCAGGGGGUGCUGUGGGCGGAGCCCUGGCAGGUGCGGGCGCAUGGAUGCAGGGAGUGUUUGGAAAGAAGAAAAAAGCUCUCAACGCUGCCCCAAUGCCUCCCAACAGUAAGAAGCACCCCAAGAAUCAUGCCAAAGAGGGCUCCAUAGACACCACUGAUGAUGAGUCUGAAGAUGAACUGGAGAUUAAUUAAUAUUAACCUCUGUGAUAAAGUGGAGAAGGCAUCAGUGACAACCAAUCAUGAGUGGCCAUAAUUUAUUGCAUUAUUAUGUCUUUUGAUAUUCAAAAUCUGUUUAAAAAUAACUACAAUGUCUGAGCACUAUUGAGUGGGAUUGUUACUGGGUAUCUAUGAUGGCUUUAAUGAGCAGUGGGCUUUUCAUCCUCCAUCAAAUUGACCAGAACUGAACUGGUGAUGGUAGCUUAGUAAAUGUUAUGCAAAAUACACCCUCUUGUUCAUUAUUGGCUCUGAUUAAUAACUAUGCAAUGAUAUUUUUUUUAUCACUUGAGAUGUAUGAUAUGUUGCAAACAUGGAAAGAGGGCUUCUGGUGUUUUCUGUUUGUUUGUUUUGGUCAGAUGGGAGAUUGAAAUUCUCAUGAAUAAAAUUCUUUAUAGUUUUAGAUCUCA